GCGUGUACAACUGGCGUGUGCGCUUCUCUCUCGUCAGUUACCCGCUGUUUGAAUGCGAUGAGAUGUCUUCACGCAUCCCGUGUGCCGUAACGAAGGACGGGGUUUUCCAUUUGCGCGGUUUGGACUUCAGCUAAAGGGCUAAUUAACGGACGUACCAGCUUUCCAUUGUCCCUCUUUUUGGCUGCAUGAGCGGCUCGUGGAGGACUGACAGGCGGCUUUUUGUGUGUGUAUGUGUGGCAUGUGAUAAUACUGACAAGAGACUGAGGCGUGUUCAUAUUUCACGGAUGUUACCGGGAGAGGAAGAGAGUGAAGAGGAGGCUUUCUUUAUGUCCGUGGAUGUGACUUUAUCAGGGCUCAGCAGGACAUGACGGAGGAGCGCUGCCGGUGGAUUUAGUGGUGCUCUUGCUAGCUGUUGCAUGGCAAAAUGAACAAUGACUCUGGAGCUUAAUAGUUGUGUGUGCUCGCUGUUGUGCGAAUGUCUUUUUUUUUAAAAACGAGCAGACAGUGCACUCAUUUUAAUCUUUUGUGAAGUAAAGGCUAACGUUGGACACAUUGAAACGGGCAGGGAGUAACAUUUCAGGCGCGGCCAGGCAAGCAACAAAGCGGAUUACUCUUGUGUGUUUGCCUUUGUGUCAGUUGACUGUAUAAAGUUGAAACCGCACUCGCAGGACAAACAGCCGGUCCUUUUUGCAGUAUCAUUUUUAUGUUAUUGUCUUGGAAGAGAGACAGUACGUGACGUGUGGGACCACAGGUUGUCUGUGAGACUGCAAACUGACUGAAAACAGAGUAACAGGGACAACGAUGGCGAACGACUCUAUACAAAGUGACCCAGAUGGGCUGUCGGUUCUGGAGCAGCUUGGUCUGGACCAGAACUCGGACUUCUCUGACUCCAGUGUGCAGCAGCUUCUGGACGAGCAGCGCGAAAGGAUCCGCAGGGAGAUCCGUAAGGAGCUGAAAAUCAAGGAGGGAGCUGAGAACCUGCGCAGGGCGACGACCGAUAAGAGGAACGCCCAGCAGGUGGACAGCCAGUUACGGUCUUCUAACCGCAGGCUGGACAACCUGCAUGCUCAGCUGCAAGAACUGGACGCCCACAUUGUUGUGAAGGGAGGAGAGGAGAAUAAAGAUGAGUGUCCUCAGUCUCCAGGGGCCGAGAGUCGUACGUCAGCCCACAAGGAACGCAUUGCUGCCCUGGAGAGACAGCUCAACAUCGAGCUCAAAGUCAAACAGGGAGUUGAAAACAUGAUCCCCAUCUAUGCCAAUGGAUCCACCAAGGAUAAGAAGAUGCUGCAAACCGCCCAGCAGAUGCUGCAGGACAGUAAGACCAAAAUUGACAUCAUCCGCAUGCAAAUCCGCAAGGCUGUGCAGGCCACCGAGCACAAUGAUGACACACAGGGUAACCAGGACCUCUGUGGGGUGGAGCUGCGUAUUGAAGAGCUGAGGCAUCACUACAGGGUAGAACAUGCUGUCGCCGAGGGGGCCAAAAAUGUGCUCAGGCUCCUGGGGGCCAGCAAGGUCCUGGACAAGAAAGCCAUGUCUGAGGCGCAGUCUCGUCUGAGCGAGGCGUCUCAGCGGUUAGACCUGCUGAGGGACUCUCUUGACCAACGUGUGGCAGAGCUGCCGGAGGACCAUCCAAAGGCCAUCGUCAUCAAAGAAGAGCUGGUCCUGGCCUCCUCUCCUGCCUUCAGCUCUCGCCAUGGCGCCCCCUACCACCACAACCAGUACAGCACCCUCAACAAGCCCUCACCUCUCACAGGUACCUUACAGGUGCAGCUGCUAGGCUGUGUGGGGUUGUUGGAGGUGGUCCCAGGUCGCAAUAAAGGGACAGCUGUCAUGCUGCCCUGCUACAGCCCCGGAGACACCAGGUCCUUCAUGAGAGGCAGCAAGGGACUCUACGGACGGAGCGGCUCAGUCAGCGGCAAGACACCCAGCAAGACAGAAGAGCUCUCAUCUGAGGUGAGUGCUGUGCUGAAGCUGGAUAACACAGUGGUGGGACAGACAGCUUGGAGGACUGUGGGUGAACAGGCUUGGGACCAGACCUUCACUGUGGAGCUGGAAAGGUCGAGGGAGAUGGAGAUUGCAGUUUACUGGAAGGACUACCGGUCGUUGUGUGCUGUGAAGUACCUGAAGUUGGAGGAGUUCCUGGACAACCAGAAACACAGAGUUCAGCUGGAGCUGGAGCCUCAGGGCCUGCUGUUGGCCGAGGUGACCUUCUUCAACCCGGUCAUUGAGAGAGCUCCUCGCCUCCAGAGGCAGAAGAAGGUCUUUUCUAAGCAGCAAGGCAAGGCAUUCCUGCGCGCUCGUCAGAUGAACGUGGACAUCGGGACGUGGGUGAGGCUUCUUCGAAACGCCAUUCCAACCGUAAACAACUCAGGAACCUACAGUCCCAGUGCACACAGCCUCCCAGCGCUCAGCUCUGGGGAGGUCUCGGUGGAGAAGUUGAGUCUGGACAGCGACUCUCCGAUAAGAGGCGAUUACAAGAAAGACAUGGACACACACACCCCGGACCGACUGCCAGUCAUCGAGCCCUUCUCCCCCCCAGACCUCACCCCCGAGUGCCCUGUCCGAACCCCGUCUGUUAGCAGUAAGCAGAGGAAAGGUCCUCUGUCUCUCCAAGACUUCAGGCUGAUCGCUGUGUUGGGCAGGGGACACUUUGGGAAGGUGUUGCUGUCAGAAUACAAAAAGACAGGCACAAUGUACGCCAUCAAAGCCCUGAAGAAAGGGGAUAUCGUAGCCCGGGAUGAGGUGGAAAGUCUGAUGUGCGAGAAGCGUAUCUUUGAGAUUGUGAACAUGUCACACCAUCCCUUCCUGGUCAACCUGUUUGCGUGCUUCCAGACUCCAGAGCAUGUGUGUUUUGUUAUGGAGUACACAGCAGGCGGCGACCUGAUGAUGCACAUCCACGCAGACGUCUUCACAGAGCCACGGGCCGUGUUUUAUGCAGCCUGCGUAGUUCUUGGACUCCAGUUCCUUCAUGACCAUAAGAUUGUAUACAGAGACCUCAAGCUCGACAACCUGCUGCUAGACACAGAUGGUUAUGUGAAGAUCGCUGACUUUGGACUGUGUAAAGAAGGAAUGGGCUUCGGGGACCGGACCAGCACUUUCUGUGGGACUCCAGAGUUUUUGGCCCCAGAGGUACUAACGGAUACAUCCUACACCAGGGCAGUAGACUGGUGGGGACUGGGGGUCCUCAUAUAUGAAAUGUUGGUGGGAGAGUCUCCAUUCCCUGGGGAUGAUGAAGAGGAGGUGUUUGACAGCAUUGUGAAUGAUGAAGUCCGCUAUCCUCGCUUCCUGUCCACUGAGGCUAUCGGCAUCAUGAGAAGGCUGUUGAGGAGGAACCCGGAGAGAAGACUGGGCUCUGGUGAAAAGGAUGCAGAGGAGGUGAAGAAGCAGCCGUUUUUCAGAAAUGUGGACUGGGAGGCAUUGCUGCAAAGGAGGGCGCCCCCUCCCUUCGUCCCCUCCAUUGGCGGCAAGGAAGAUGUCAGCAACUUUGACGAGGAGUUCACGACUGAAGCUCCGACGCUCACACCCCCACGGGAGCCUCGCGUGCUCUCCCGCAAAGACCAGGACAGCUUCCGGGACUUUGAUUACGUCUCUGACCUCUGCUAGUGGACUGGGGGCUCCCAGACCUCAAGGAAUGUUUGAUUUUGGCGGUUUUGGCGGAGUGGACUGUCCGCUGACUGUUUGUAUGCCGUUAAUUACACUGUGAAUGAAUGCAGAGAGACCGGAGGCAGUCGGUCUGUGUUUUGUGGGGUUUUAAAGAUCGAGGACUAAGAAGAAAAAAAAAGAAGCCGGGACGGAUAGCUGAUGGGGUAAAAUGUUUUAUCACAAACGAAGUCCCGCUCUUCAAUCAUUGUACAACACAUCAGUGACUUGUGUAUCUUGCAAACAUUAGCCUUUAAAAAGCGUCCUCCCGUCCUCGUAUGUGUCGUUGUGUAGUCGCCUGAGAGGAGGAGCUUGCUGUCUCUUCAUACUGUUGACUGUUUGGGGGUUGCUUUACAGCCUCUCAUACCAAUGCCUUACAUUUGUACUUGUAAUAGUUUCACAGAAAAGCAUUUUGUUUUUAUUUUGUGGCCCUUUGUAAACAGCAGAAGUAAGAUCCUCGUGCUGCAUAAACAUUCUUAAUUGUUCUUUUUUUUUUUUUUUAAAGAGGAUUUGCUUGUGGGAGAGGAAAUAGUGCCGUUCAGAAUGAAUUUGUUCUCACAGCUUUCCCAGUAGUCGUAUGAUGAGCUUCAGUCUUGUUGACCGACGCUAGGUGAACUAACUAUGGGGUAAAGAACCACUUUUACCAACUACUUUUUUAACAUUUGUGCUGCAUGAAUUUUAAUGUCUGACAAAUGUUACAAUAAUUAAGUACCCACCGCACACUUUGUUUUAAUUGGAUAUUUGGGUAUUAUACUUAAUUUGAUAUAAACAUAUGUAGCAGACACAGAACUACAACCACCAGCAUAAAAGCUAUGUGGCAAGUAGGUUAUAUCAGUUUUUUUUAAUUGGAGAAAAAAAAAAACAUCUGAACACUAAAACUUGAUGUACAAGUACCAGACUGUCCUCCAGUUAUCUACAUGCUAUCAGAGUUUUGUGAACAUGAAGUAAGUAAUUUCCCUCCAAAACCGUUAUAUCUGACUCCUCAAACACUAAAAAAUGUUGUUUUAGCAUCAGUUUUAAGAACUUCAGCCACCAGUUUUAAAAACUGUCCGUUGGGGUCAUCGCAGGGUUUGGUUUCCAUCACAGUGAUAAAAUCAUCUUUGUUUCAGCCGAAACCGAAUGAUAUCUUAAUGAUUUUGGAAAAUCUGGGUGGCAGUCCAAGCACAACAAACCUCAUUAGCCACUUUUCCACAGUAAAGCCAAUGAGGGCUUGAUGCAGUGAGUGCUGCCUCAGAUCCCAGCUAACAAGUUCUCUUGGUAAUAUGUUUCUAAAUAAACAAUAUCCUUUGAAGGAAACCAAAUAAUAAAUGUUGGAAAACAUGAGCCAGAGGUAUAAACGCCUAUAAUACGAUUUCUGAGUAGAGGAGAGGUUUGUUGUGAAGCUGUAUGUAUGAUGGUGUGGAUUUUACUUAUCUUGUGUAUGACAGUACAAAACCAUGUGAGUAUGAGAUGACUUAUUUUAUAAAGAAAACCUGAAGUGAAUAUAA